AUGGGUGUUCCUUCAUUUUUCAGAUGGCUAUCUAGAAAAUAUCCUAAAAUCAUUUCACCGGUGAUUGAACAAGAUAGUACAACUGUUGAUGAUGGAAAUGUUUAUUCUUCAGAAAAUCCUAAUGGAGAACUAGAUAACUUAUACUUGGAUAUGAAUGGUAUUGUGCAUCCAUGUUCCCAUCCAGAAAAUAAACCACCACCAGAAAAUGAAGACGAAAUGUUGGUGGCUGUUUUUGAAUAUACAAACAGAGUAUUGAACAUGGCCAGACCAAGACGAAUCUUAAUGAUUGCAGUUGAUGGUGUUGCUCCUCGUGCUAAAAUGAAUCAACAACGUGCAAGAAGGUUUAGAAGUGCUAAAGAUGCUGCAUUAGAAAGAGAAAAAUUAGAAAUGGAUUAUAUCAAAGAGGGCAAGAAUUUAGAUGAUGCACUUCUGAAAAAAAAAAGUUGGGAUAGCAAUGCAAUUACUCCUGGUACACCAUUUAUGGAUAAGUUGGCACAAGGCUUGAGAUAUUGGAUUAGUUUUAAAUUAAGUACUGAUCCUGGUUGGGAGAAUUUACAGGUUAUUAUUAGCGAUGCUACAGUUCCAGGGGAAGGGGAGCAUAAAAUCAUGAAUUUUAUUAGGUCGCAGAGACAAGAUCCAGAAUAUAAUCCUAAUACUACACAUUGUAUUUAUGGCUUAGAUGCAGAUUUAAUUUUUUUGGGAUUGGCCACCCAUGAACCACAUUUUAAAAUUUUAAGGGAAGAUGUAUUUGAACAGACCAUUAAUAGAAAACACGGUAGCAAUAAUAGCAGGUACGAUAAGCGUAGAGAACUGACUGAGGAAGAAAAGAAGGAGUUACAAGAAAAGGACAAAAAAAAACCUUUUUUAUGGUUACAUAUAUCUGUAUUAAGAGAAUAUUUGAAAGAAGAGCUAUUUGUACCUGGUUUAAGUAUAGAAUUUGAUUUAGAAAGGUCUAUUGAUGAUUGGGUUUUCAUGUGUUUUUUCUGUGGUAACGAUUUUUUACCCCAUUUACCAAGUUUAGAUGUUAGGGAAAGUUCAAUUGAUUUAUUGGUAGAAAUUUGGAAAACGGUAUUACCCCAAACUAAGGGUUAUAUGUCUCUAGACGGAAGAUUAAAUUUAUCCGGGGUAGAAUUGUUGUUAAAAGGCUUGGGGACUAGAGAACCUGGUAUAUUUGUAGAAAAACGCCAACAGGAGUUAAGAAAAUUGGAAAAUGAACAGAGGAGGAAAUUGUUGAACUUAAGGAGACAAGAGCAAAACAACUUAGGCUCCUUUGCCGACAACGGUGCUGUUAAUCAUGUGCGUAGCGAAACACCAAUUAGUUCUGCGGGCAGUAUUCACCUUACUGAGGAAAAAGAAGAAGAAAAGAAAAAAGAAGAAGAAGAAGAAGAAGAAGAACAAGAAGAAGAAGAACAAGAAGAAGAAGAACAAGAAGAAGAAGAACAAGAAGAAGAACAACAAGAAGAACAACAACAAGAAGAACAACAACAACAAGAAGAAGAAGAUUCAUAUGAUCCUACUCCGUCAUCUAACAUCAAUGAUAUUAAUAAGACCAAUUUAACUGUAGCAUCUAAAUUCAAGGAGAAAUUAUUAUUGAAACGUAAAAGAUUAGUUAUAGAAAAAGAAUCUAUCGCUACUACCACCGCUGGGAAUUCGCACAAGAUUAUUAAGUUGGAUAAAUCACAAGAAGUAUCAUUAAAUACAUCUUCAUCGGGACCUACAAGCGGUACUUAUGAUAGCAAUUUAGCCGUCAAACUAUACGAACCUGGGUAUCAUGAUCGGUAUUAUAUUACUAAAUUUGGUUGCCCAAAUAAUAAAGAAGAAAUUGCUGCAUUAAGUAAAAAGGUAGUCAAAGCCUAUGUUGAAGGGAUUUCUUGGGUUCUCUUGUACUAUUAUCAAGGAUGUGCAUCAUGGAACUGGUAUUAUCCAUACCACUAUGCACCAUUUGCUAGUGAUUUUAUGAACAUUGCUGGACUAGACAUCAAAUUUGAAAAGGGUGAACCAUUUGCGCCCUUUGAACAGUUGAUGAGUGUUUUGCCAGCUUCUUCGGGACACACGUUACCAAAAAUUUUUAGACCCUUAAUGAGUGAGUUAACUAGUCCUAUAAUUGAUUUUUAUCCCACCGAAUUUCCAAUUGAUAUGAAUGGGAAAAAAAUGUCAUGGCAAGGAAUUGCUUUAUUACCAUUCAUUGAGGAGAAAAGAUUACUGGAAACAGUCAGAAAAAAAUAUGCAGAAUUGAGUAAGGAGGACUUGGCUAGAAAUUCAAGAAAAAAUGAUAUUUUGUUAAUUAGUCACAAAAACAUCAAUUAUAAAAAAUUUGUUAAAACUUUAUACCAAACUGAGUCUUCAGACAACGUCCGAUUAAAAGUCACUGCAUUUAAAAAUAGAAUCAGUGGAGAAGUUUCUGUUGUUGCGAAUGAUGGCGACGAUGUAGGUAGAUUCGACUUAAAGGGAGAGUUGACAUGUCCAGUGAGUGGGGGAUACCCCAAUUUGAACAAUUCAAAGUAUUUAAAAUUGACAUACAAGAUGCUAAAUAUUUAUGAUGAUAAAAAUAAGGCAGUAAUAUUGAAUGGUUAUAUUCCACACAAACAGGUGUUGAAUAUACAGGAUAAAAAUAAUAUCAGAUAUGGGCAAGGCCAUUCGCAGGGGAAUAAUAACAAGAGGAAUAAUGGAUAUUACAAUUUCCAACGUAAUUUCCACUUUACUAUGCAGAACAAUUUUGUUGAAACUGGACCAUUUGGGAGCACUCAAUACAAACCCCGUUUUGGAGGUUAUAAAUCCUUUGUAAGUAGUGAAUUGGAGAAAAAAUCUAACCAAGCCAAUUUUCAAAACUAUUAUUACAAUGAUAACUACGAUAACUAUGGGAACAAUAAUGAUACUUAUUAUGGGCGCAAUUACAAUAAUAAUUAUAACAGCCAUGGUGCGCGUAAUUACGGUUACAAUAAUUACGGCAGUAAUAAUUACAAUAAUGGUUAUAAUAAUAGUAAGGGCAGUAACCGAGGCAUUAGACCUAACAGACAAGGUACGUUAUGA